GAUGACCUAACCACCAGUCCUUUGGUGACCAUGGGCGGGAUGGCGCGCGCUGUGCUGUGGUGCUUGGUGGUGGCGUGCGCGCUGCACGUGUCGCGUGCUACGUGCCCGUGGGCGUGCUCGUGCAGGGCGGCUGCAGCCGACUGCGCGCACAGAGGGCUCCUGCACGUGCCCAAGAGGCUGCCUACUGACUCCCAUCGAUUAGACCUCCAGGGCAACAACAUAACCAUAAUUUUCCAGAGCGACUUUCAAAACCUGAAGGAACUGAAAAUAUUACAACUCUCGGAGAAUUUAAUCCACACGGUGGAAAGGGACGCGUUUCUUGAACUGAAUGGAUUGGAACGACUGAAAAUGAACAAUAACCGUAUCGGCCAGUUGGCUGACGGUCUGUUCAUGAGACAGAGACACCUGCAGAGAUUGGAUCUGAGCCGCAAUGAGCUCACUGCGAUCAGCCGGCGCACCUUCCGAGGACUGACGGCCCUCAAGAGCUUACACCUGGAUGGCAACCAGCUGAAGUGUGUUGAUGAGAAGGCGCUGGAGCAUCUCAAGAGUCUGGAAGUGUUGACGCUAACGAGCAAUAACCUGACAUAUCUGUCAUUGGAGCCUGUAGCAGUAACAAGAUUGCAUACCCUACGACUGACUGACAAUCCUAUAGUCUGUGACUGUAGAGUUGCCAGAUUAGCGACUGCCGUCCGAGCUGCUAACUUAAUGGGAGUCGGUGCUAAAUGCCAGGCGCCUGCCACUUUGAGAGGAGCACUUCUAACGGAGUUGGAUCACGAACAGUUCUGCAACGGCCCGACCACUGCCAUAACUGGUGAAUGUUCAGCGGAGCCCCGCUGCCCACCGCCAUGCCGUUGUACUCCCGAAGGCACCGUCGACUGCAGAGAGAAACUAUUGUCCGAGCUACCAUCCGCCAUACCACAUCGAGCUACUGAGAUCCGCCUAGAACAGAACGAGAUAACCGAGGUGGGACCGGCCGCUUUCUCAGCUGUGAAACGCGUGGCCCGUAUAGAUAUAUCCAAUAACAAGAUCACGAAGAUAGCUGCCGACUCCUUCAGUGGGCUCACGCAUCUAACAUCCUUGGUAUUGUACGGAAACAAAAUUAAAGACUUGCCUUCCGGAAUAUUCCAUGGACUGACAUCGCUACAGUUGUUAUUGCUGAAUUCAAACGAAAUUACAUGUGUGAGAAAAGAUACAUUCAGGGAUUUGCAGAACUUAAAAUUAUUAUCGCUAUAUGAUAAUAAUAUAAGAUCUAUACCAAACGGAACAUUCGACUCCCUAACUGGAAUACAAACCUUACAUCUAGGUCACAAUCCUUUCGCAUGCGAUUGUUCCCUCCGAUGGCUGGCUGCGUACCUUCGAAAGAACCCCAUAGAGACAUCAGGGGCGAAGUGCGACUCCCCCAAACGGAUGAGCAGGAAACGAAUUGACGCAUUAAGGGAAGAAUACUUUAAAUGCAAACCCGGCGAGGAGUGGGACAACGUGUGCUCGGGCGGGGCCGCGUGCCCGGCCGCGUGCUCGUGCGAGCUCGCCCCUCGCGCGGUGUCAGUCAGCUGCACGCGCGCGGCGCUGCACGAGAUUCCGCGCGACCUGCCUCUCAACACCGAUGCGCUUAUAAUCCCAGAUAAUAACUUGGGUCAGAUCAAGUCAGACGGCUUGUUCGGAAGACUUCCAGACCUCACCAAACUGGACUUCAGGAAUAAUGGUAUAACAGUGAUAGAAGAUAACGCUUUCGACGGUGCCGCAAACAUCCAAGAGUUACUGCUGGAUGGAAACCAGCUGCAAACAGUCACCGACAAGAUGUUCUUCGGACUCCAUAGUCUCAGCAUACUAUCUCUCACCAACAAUAAGAUCAGGUGUAUCACCCCUGGCGCCUUUGAUCACCUCUCCAUGCUGUCUACUCUGAACUUGGAUUCCAAUCCACUGGACUGCACGUGCCACCUGGCCUGGUUGUCCACAUGGCUACGUGAGCGUGGCCUCUCCCCAGGAGCCACCUGCCGCUCCCCACCAGCUCUCCUCAACAACGAAAUACACCAAUUAGAUGUCGCCGCCUUCAAAUGCACACCUGCGGACGUGGGCUGCCUGUCGCGCGACUACUGCCCGGCCGCGUGCGCGUGCGCCGGCACCGUCGUGCGCUGCGCCCGCGCCGGCCUGCAAGCGCUGCCGCCCGCGCUGCCGCGCCACACCUCCGAGCUGUACCUGGAAUCCAACGAGAUAACCUCGAUCUCCUCGGAGCAGAUCCGCCACCUGACCCAGCUGACCAGGCUGGACCUGUCCAACAACAAGAUUGGUGUACUCUCCAACAAUACCUUCGAAGGUCUCACCAAGCUCUCCACCCUCAUCGUCAGCUAUAACAACUUGAGAUGCGUUCAGCGCGACGCCCUCAAAGGUCUGACGCAGCUCCGCGUGCUAUCUCUGCACGGCAACAAUAUCUCGAUGCUGGCUGAGGGCGCGUUCAGAGAUCUGAAAUCUAUCUCACACGUUGCGCUGGGUUCGAACCCGCUGUACUGCGACUGCGGGCUGCGCUGGCUGUCGGAGUGGGUGAAGUCGGCCCGCGAGUACGUGGAGCCCGGCAUCGCGCGCUGCGCCGAGCCCGCCGCCAUGCGGGACAAGCUCGUACUCAGCACGCAGUCACAGGCCUUCCUCUGUCAAGGUCCGGCACCCGGUGCGCUGGUGGCCAAGUGCGACAGCUGCCACAGCUCCCCGUGCGGCAACGGCGGCGCCUGCACCGCGGCCGGCGGCGGCUUCCGCUGCAGCUGCGCGCGAGGCUUCACCGGACCCACCUGCCGCGCGCGCAUCGACGCCUGCUACGGGGCGCCCUGCCGCCACGGGACCUGCCGCCUGCUCGAGGAGGGCCGCUUCAGAUGUGCAUGCCAACCCGGGUAUACGGGGGUUCGAUGCGAGCAGAACAUCGACGACUGCGUGUCCCACCGCUGCCAGAAUAACGCCACCUGCGUCGACCGCCUCGAGGGCUACACCUGCAAGUGCUCGCCCGGCUACAUGGGCGAGUUCUGCGAGAAGAAGAUCCCCUUCUGUACCCCUGAGUUCAACCCGUGCGCUAACGGUGCGCAGUGCACGGACCACGGCAGCCACUACACCUGCUCGUGUCCGAGGGGCUACUCCGGACAGAACUGCACCAUCAACCCGGACGACUGCGUCAAUCAUAUGUGCCAGAACGGCGCCCGGUGCGUGGACGGCCUGGAGGAGUACGAGUGCGAGUGCGGCGCGGGGUUCGCGGGACGAUACUGCGAGGCGGCGCCCCACGCCGCGCUCGGGACAUCGCCCUGCGCGCACCACGACUGCCUGCACGGCGUGUGCUACCUGCCGCCCGCCCCCGCACUGCCCGCCCUCGACGAUAUCAUGAUGGAGAGGCCGGCGCUGGUCGCUGCCAACGAGUACCUCUGCAAAUGCGCGCCCGGAUACUCUGGUCGCUUUUGCGAGUACCUCACUUCCCUCACAUUCAACCACAACGACUCCCUCGUGGAGCUGGAGCCGCUACACACCACGCCGCAAGCAAAUGUCACGUUAGUGUUCAGCACGACACAGCUCCACGGCGUGCUGCUAUACGUCGGUGAUAACGAGCACCUGGCCGUGGAGCUGUUCAAUGGACGCAUACGCAUCAGCUACGACGUUGGCAAUUACCCAACUUCCACCAUGUACAGUUUCGAGAUGGUCUCCGACGGCAAUUACCACAAAGCUGAACUGCUGGCCGUGAAGAAAAACUUCACGCUGCGUGUGGACGACGGGCCCGCCAGGUCUAUCAUAAAUGAAGGGUCUAAGGAGUAUCUGCGAGUUGAACGCCCCAUGUACCUGGGCGGAGUGCCGGAAGACAUCGCCAAGGACGCCUUCUCCAAAUGGCAUCUCAGGAACAUCACCAGCUUCAAAGGGUGCUUGAAGGAGGCUUGGAUCAACCACAAGCGUGUGGACUACGUGAACGCAGCGCGCACGCAGCGUACCACCGCCGGGUGCGGCGAGGAUGAACCCGCACUACCGCCCGCUAGAGUUGUCACUCUGCAGGAGGACGGCGCCCACACGCAGGACCCGUGCGUGCCGAACCCGUGCGCGCGCGGCGGGCGCUGCGUGCGCGAGCAGGGCUCCGCCUCCGACUACACGUGCCGCUGCCGCGCCGGCACCGCCGGGGCGCAGUGCGAGCUCAGGGCCUCCGUCGGUGGCGCCCCAGUAAUAAGUCAGAGCAAGCUGCCACCACGCAAGCAGCCCUUCAGUAACGUGCAGGCAUCGCCAGCAUCUCCGGCCGUGAAGCAAGAGCUGCCCGCGGAGCAUGCGCCCACUGCAGGGGGCUGCAGGAAGGAGGCCACUCGAGAGUUCAUCUCUGAAGGCACGUGCAGCAGCCGCCGCGCGGUGCGGGGCGCGCGCUGCACCGGGGGCGACCGCGGGGGGGCGCCGCGCGCGGCCUGCUCGCGCGGACUCUGCUGCGCGCCCAGGAAGACCAAGAAGAGAAAGAUCCGGCUAGUAUGUGCGGACGGUACACGCUACACCAAAGAAAUAGAAAUAGUGCGCAAAUGUGCGUGCAGUAAAAAGUGUUCCCGCCAAACCAGCCCUUUCUUACAUUAGAUAUCCAUCCUACAUCUUAAUUCAUAACACAACUACUAUAGUAUAUAAAACCUGCCACAGAUUAUAACCGCCAAAAUAU